AACCCCGCUCGAGGGUCUGUCUUGGAAGUUGACAUGCCGGAUGCCAACCGGAUCAAAAAGCCAAGGUCAUGAUGUAAUUGAACGGAUGUAGCCCAGUUUGUCACUAUUGCUUAGAUCGAAAGGUUAGUCAAGACUACUGGGAGCUAGUCCACUGUUUACAGACAGGUGAACUCUCGCACUGUAAAUACUUCUCCUUCAUCAUUCAAUUGCAAAGUAUUAAACAACUCUAUUGUUCUUAUCAUUCAAGCUCAAUACUCAUCAUGCGUUCCAUUCGAUGUCUUCAUUCUGCUGGACGCGCAACGACUUCCAUGCGAACCAUUCAAUACCGUCAAUCGACCUCCAUGCGAGCUUUCUCUUCUACUCCACUUCGCGCAGCAACUCAGGGAUAUGGGGAUGGAAAGGGCGACCCUGCGGGGGAAAAUCCACAAGAUCAAGGAGCCUCAAAUACCACAAAGCAUGAAGGAGAGCAUCCUGGUCCGGAGCCCGUUUCUGAAGGCAAAGGAACUGGUGCUGGCCCAACGAAAGGUGGUUCGGGUGGUUCAAAAUCCCCUGAAGAUGCAUCGGCUCAGUCCGGAGGAUCAAGAUCGAAGGAAGCAAAGGAGACUGGAUCCAGCCCAACAGGUGGUUCCAUCAAGCGAAAUGGAGGUAAGAAUGCCAAUCCGAAGGAUAAAAGUGUCAAUGGAGCUUCACCCAAGAUUCAUUCGGAGGACCAGCCGGGACCGGAGAAUUCGAGCAAACAAGCUGAGGUUGAGCAGCAUAACAGGGAGUUUAAGGAGAGUCAUGAUAGAGCCUCACAAAAGGCUUGAGGACGAGGUUGAUUAGAAGCUUUGACGUGGUGAGUUCUGGUGUCGGAUCAAGAUUCAUGAUUUGGAGCUAAUUGAUUGUUCAUCAAUAGGUUUUUGAGGGGCAGAUACGAAGUGUGAGGUUGAUGCUAUGAUAUGUUGGGUUUAUGACGACGAUGCUUCAUAUCGAUAAUUUGUACAAAUAUUGUUUUGUGUUCAAUUUCAAUUUCACUCUCAGCUCAUCAG